AUGCGUAUGCCAGUCAUUGGGCAUUACAAUUAUUGCACUUUUAACGACAAAGGUGAACGCAAUGUGGAAGAGAAAAAAGAUGAUAAUCUGAUUUGUUGUGAAUGGGAGGAAGCCAUCAUACGAGAGCAACGAUCGCCCGAUAUUCCAUUUGAUUUGAUGGAAAAGCAGACAAUCAGCCAAGUGCAAAAUCAUUAUCGUGAUAAUCAACAAUCCUCAUCCUGA